GAUGAUACGAAUAUCAACAGAUUUAACAACUUGGACUUUAUUUGAGAAAAUUCGUUUGCUUGAACUUUUUAUGAAUAAAGAAAUUUUAUGGGAAGGACGUGCAGAAAUUUUACAAAAUGAAUUUGCACAGAGGCCUCAUAAUUUCUUUACUGUUCAGAAUAUCCGUCAAGAGCUUCAUCAAAUAUUCGUAACUCCAAAUCCCGAACAUGUUUAUGGUCUUCCUCUACAUCCACGUGGCAAAGAGGCGGCAGAAAUGUGGCUGAAAUAUUUUAGAAAAGAAUUAACCAAACAACGAGAACUUCAAAAACAAAUGUUUGCUAUUUCGAUGCGUCGACAUUUGGAUUUAAUUAAACGUUUUCAACAAGGAAAAUUACCUCCACAAGAAAUCGAAGCAAUUUUGACUGAAGCACGUGAACGAGAUGCACAGGUUUUUAAGACAAUACUACAGGGGAGGGACGGGAAUAAUUUGUAGGAACUUCGGAGAAUCAAAAAAAAUAGGCAGGCAAAAAAUUAUCAAGUUCUCCUACUUUCUGGGACGGAGUUCAAUUAUGUAUUUUGGGUGCGGCCCAAAUUGGCGCAGGCUAAAACUUCGAGACCGAAACGGCGAACGAUAAAACGGCACAAACUAUC